AGGAACUGUUGGAGUCUGAAUCAGAACAGAGCAUGACAGCUUCCAUUUUAUUUUCUUCAUGAGAUUUUUGUUUGUGUGAUUGUCCUCUAUCAUGACAAGCAGUACUGAAAUAUGUGUUACAUGAAAAUGCUGAUUUAACCUCUUUUGGUCUAUUUACCAUGGGGAUAGGGGGCAGGAAUAGCAGAAGAGUUGGAAAUCUGAAUCCUGAAAUGUCAGAAAACAAUUGUCAACAAUUGUUUCUACAUGUAACUGAAAAAAAUCAAUAAAUUUUUUAAAAAGAAGAGGUGAAUGAGAGGGGUAGCUAGGUGGCUUAGUGGAUAGAGAGCUGAUCCUAGAGCCAGGAGCUCUUGGUUUCAUUGUGACAUCAGACUCUUUCUAGCAGUGGGACCCUGGACAAAUUGCUUAUCCCCUAUUGCCUAGCCCUGACUGCUCUUCUGCCUUGGUGCUGAUACUUAGUAUCAAUUCUAAGACAGAAAGAACAUGACCAAGCAUUGUAAGCAGUAAGGAAAGAGCCAUUGGGAAAGACUGAAAAUCAGCAAAAGAGCAAGGAUGGAAGAGAGGACUGACAGUUGGAGGAGAUGGGAUGGAAUGAGAUCUCUGGAACAAGUGGAUGGGUUAACCUGGAAGUGCUGGAUACCAUUGACUUUGUAGCUCCCAAUGAGAGAAUCAUUUUCCGUACCUGUGAAAGAGAGCGGAACAAGGUUGUCUUUCAGAUGGGAUCUGCAGAUGCUGAGAGAGCCCUCGCUGUGGCCAAGCUGGUAGAGAAUGAUGUAGCUGGUAUUGAUGUUAAUAUGGGUUGUCCAAAAGAAUAUUCCACCAAGGGAGGAAUGGGAGUAGCACUUCUGUCUGACCCUGACAAAAUUGAGAAGAUUCUGAGUACUCUGGUUAAAGGGAUCUGCAAACCAGUAACCUGCAAGAUUCGGAUCCUGCCAUCGCUUGAGGACACAUUGAAUCUUGUAAAGCGAAUAGAGAGGACGGGUGUAGCAGCUAUCGCAGUGCAUGGAAGGAAAAAGGAAGAGAGGCCUCAGCAUCCCGUUCACUGUGAUAUUAUCAAAGCCAUUGCUGAAGCUGUCUCCAUCCCAAUAAUAGCUAAUGGAGGAUCUCACGACCACAUCAAAGUAUAUUCAGACCUAGACGCCUUCCGGCAAGUGACUUCAGCAUCUUCAGUGAUGGUGGCACGCGCAGCCAUGUGGAAUCCAUCCAUCUUCAGGAAGGAGGGCCUGCAACCCUUGGAAAAGAUCAUGCAGGAAUACAUAAAAUAUGCGGUGAGAUAUGACAACCACUACACCAAUACCAAGUAUUGCUUGUGUCAGAUGCUGAGGGAACAGCUAGAAACUCCCCAAGGAAAGAAGCUGCAUGCCGCCCAGUCUGCCCAGGAAAUUUGUGAAGCCUUUGAAUUGGGAAGCUUCUAUGAGAAGAUAACUGCAGAGUUGGCAGCCAAAGGAGCCACACUCCAAAACAAAGCUCAGGAGGAAGAUGACCAGGCUGGAGACACUGAUGUCAUCAGAAUGGCGGUUAAGUUUGACAAAAGACAAUACCCACCCCAGAUCACACCCAAGAUGUGCCUGCUGGAAUGGUGCCGAAAGGAGAAGUUAGCCCAACCAGUGUAUGAAACGAUUCAGAGACCAGUAGACCGUUUGUUCUGCUCUGUUGUCACUGUUUCGGAGCGCAAGUAUCGCUCGGCACUGUGGGACAAGUCCAAGAAGCUGGCUGAGCAAGCUGCAGCCAUCGUCUGCCUGAGGAGCCUGGGGCUCCCUGAGGGAAAGCUCGGGGAUGAGGACCCUCAGAGCCCCCUUCUGCACAAGCGCAAGGUGGAAGAGAGGGGACUUUGGAGAGACCAAGAGAAUGAGGAGACCCUUCCUGGAGGAGCCCCUCACAAAAAGCCCCAUCUGACCUUGGGCACCAGCAGCAGCAGCUGUGGCACUCCUGACGGACCGUGACACUCCUUUGUGCCCCUGUGGGAUCCCUAUUGUCCCCCGGGAUCCCUCUGGACUGAAGAGUGCUGGUGGGAAGCCCAGUGCCUUCUGCAAGGAGUGGGGCUUGGGAUGGGGCCAGGGUGGAGCCGUGCUGGAAGCAGACUCAGAUCGUUGUCUUGGUAGCUCUGAGUUGUGGAUGUCUGGCGUUCUCUUCCCUGAACCAGGUCUGGACAGCACCUGAGGAAGAGGUAAACAGGCCUUCAGGAUAGGUAUCAGCCAGUGACCAAAGAACUGAGGCUAGCCCUGGCCUUAAGGUGGGCUGAGGGGUGGGGGGUGUACAUGGAGUGAUGUGGUGUGAGGUGGGUGACCUCAUGGAGGGAACCUGGGAGAUCUUGGGCCUUGGGGGCCCUGAUGAGGUCUGAGGCUGGGAGUGUGGGGGGCUGGAGAAGACGCUGAGGAAGUGUUGCCCAGAGGUCUUGGGGUCCUUUUUCUCCUGUGGCACAAGUUGCUCCAGAUAGCCUUGGCCCAGGCCAGCUUGUCCCAGCCCCAUCUCACAUAGAUUGUGUGUUUUACCCAGUAAAGAUGGCCCUCUCUCCCCUUGAGCAUCUCAGCCUUCCCUGAGGCUAUUAGAGGGCCUCCCAUCCCUGUCACUAGCAGGUCUUCCUGAACAAUGAAGGGCAAACACGGAGUUGUCUUCCCCGCCCCCUCCUUCAUAUUCUGGUGGGAGAGGGCCAGCAGAGCCCAUCUGAGUUUCCUCCUUUCUUCCCCCUCACCACAUCCACCCCGAUGCCUCUGCUCUAUCUCCCAACAAAGACAGUUGGAGUAAAUGAAGCAGUGUCUCCUUGAGGAAGUUUUCUCCAUCCUGUGGUUGCUGUUGCCCUCCAACCCUCUUUGUUACUAGAGAUUGGGAGACCCUGGGAACAAAUGGAGAGGGUUCUGAACCCUCUUGACUCAAACUGAUGGUCAGAGCCUGGACAGUCAGUCACUGAAGCACACAGAACUCUAAGUCUUGACUCUGAGGGGCCCAAGCACCUUCCUGCUGAUGUUGGAACGAUUGGGAACUCACAGCUGGAGCACUGAUUGGGGGCCCUCUUACUUGCCUCUGUGCAGUCUCUUCCUCAUAGAUCCCAGAUCCUUUCAUUGAAGAAUGUCAUUUGGGUGGCUUGGGUGUCAAGGAGGAGAAAUUAAAAGGGUUAAGCAA